GUGAAAGAACGUCAUCGACCAAAGAAGACAUGGCUGGAUCUUUGAAAAUCUGCAUGGUGUCUGAUUUCUUUCAUCCUGGCUUGGGUGGUGUCGAGAUGCACAUUUACCAGCUAUCCGAGUGUCUGAUCCAACGAGGGCACAAGGUUAUCGUAGUGACCCACUUCCGUGGUUCUCGAAAAGGUGUUCGCUACAUGCGAAAUGGCUUGAAGGUCUACUAUCUUCCAUUCUUGCCCUUCCACGACAAUUGUACUUUUCCAACAUUCCUGUCCUUCUUCCCGCUGAUUCGCAAAGUUCUGAUCCGCGAGCAGAUUGACAUUGUACAUGGCCAUCAAGCUACGUCGAAUUUGGCGCAUGAGUGCGUUCUUCAUGCGCGGACAAUGGGCUAUCAUACAGUCUACACUGACCAUUCUCUAUUUGGUUUUGCAGAUGCGGCUUGCAUACACGUGAACAAGCUGUUGAAGUUCUUCCUGACAAACGUGGAGCAUUGCAUCUGUGUGUCCCACACGAGCCGAGAAAACUUGGUUCUACGGGCAUCCCUAAAUCCAGCCAAUGUCUCUGUGAUCCCGAAUGCCGUGGACACGAGGCGGUUCACUCCAGACACGGGCAAGCGAGAACCUCCGCCAGCCGUGACUGUUGUGGUUGUGAGCCGCCUCACCUAUCGCAAGGGUGUGGACCUUCUGGUGGGCGCCGUGCCAGAAAUCUGCCGAAGGAACCCGCAUGUACGAUGGCUCAUUGGCGGAAGCGGUCCAAAGAGGCUGCUCUUAGAGGAGAUGAUUGAGAGAGAAAACCUUCACGAUCGGGUUGAGCUCCUGGGAUCUGUCCCGCAUGAAGACGUUCGCAAGGUUCUGGUCCGAGGGAACAUCUUCCUGAACACUUCUCUGACUGAAGCAUUUUGCAUUGCCAUUGUUGAGGCGGCUGCUUGUGGACUCAUGGUGGUUUCAACAGAUGUUGGGGGAAUUCCAGAAGUUCUUCCGCCUCACAUGACUCGCCUAGCUGCUCCGCGUGUCGAUGCGAUUGUGCAGGCCUUGGAAGACGCUCUGAGCUUGCUGCCCCCUCCAGAGGCAGCUGAAGCGUUCCAUGAAGAAGUGCAUGGAAUGUACUCCUGGCGGGACAUUGCCGGAAGGACCGAGAAGGUGUAUCUGAAGGUAGUCAAACUGCCUCGUGUUUGUUUGCGGCAGCGCUUGCUGCGAUUCUUGCGUGUUGGAUCCGUGUCUGGAAAGCUGUUCUUACUUCUCGUAGCGCUGGACACACUGCUCUUCUGGCUCUUGCAAUGGCUCCAGCCCGUGCACGAG